GCACCCGCGAUGGCUUCCUGUCUCGCGCAGCAUUUUGCUCACGUCACUCCUAACUUUUCCAGUCCUCAGGGCCAGCCGGUUCGUUCCCGUCCAUCCUCUGACGGUAAGACAAGGGUGUUGAUUCCACGCUCUCAGGUGUUGCAAGGUCUCUGCUAUUGUUGAAGCCAUGUCACAGGUCUCUGACGUCGACGACACGUUGUCCCUCCCGGGUACGUCGGUCUCCAGCCAAGGCGGCCCAGUUGCCCUCCGUAGAUGGACUGUGCCGAGGCUCGUUGCGGAAUUGGCCAAGAGAGGCAUCAGACACCCAGCGUCAGCCAGGAAGGCCGAGUUAUACCGCCUAUUGAUGACCGAGCCCAGCGCUCCUGAAAGGGAAGAUCCACCCCCAGCCAUCCAGCAGUCCCUGGUGCUGUUGCAGGCCUCCUUGGAUUCGCUCAUCUCGUCCGUUGCCGACAUCAGGACCAGGGUGGUGGACUUGGAGUCCAGAACACCGGCGUCUUCCCAGGCGGUGGUCCCCAUCUCCGAUCCCCCUCUAUUUCAGCUUCCGGCUCCAGGUACGUCCCCGGCUGCUCCGGUGGUGGCUCCUGCGCACUUGGUGCCGGACCACAUCAGGAGGGACAUCUUGGCGGGCAAGGACGUGAAUCUCGCGUCCAUCCUGAUUGCGUCCCACGAUGCCGCAGACAACAAGACUUUUGACUGCGGGGAGGUCUCGGUGGUCCUUCGGGCCAAGGAUGGACGUCUCAACCGCAAGCUCUCUGUCGUCGAGUUUGUUUUGGCCUUCGGCCUGUUUAGAGACGUGCUCUGCUCCGCUUUCCCGGCCCGCCGGGAGGAGCUGGACACGUAUCUACACAGGGUCACGGGACUUGGGCACAAGUACGGCGGCACGGCUUUUUAUGACUACCACCGCUCCUUUUCAGCCAAGGCCGCCGCCGCGCUUGCCCAGUUUCAGUUCUCCGUCAACUGGGCCAUGCUGGACAUGGAGUUGUUCUGCCAGCAUUUCGCCGGUCUCCGGGCCCCCGCUUGUUCGACCUGCCAGUCGAUUUUCCACUCUACUGAGUGGUGUCCUCAAACGGCCACGGCCCAACCAGACAAGGCUAUUCCAGGCCCCUCUGGGGUCCCCCGCAGUCCCUCCACCACCGAUAAGUUGGGUAGACCCAUUGUCUACCUUGGCAACAGCCAAGUUUGCAAUAACUUCAAUUUUGGUUCCUGUCUAUUUAGCGGUUGCAGGGCCCUGCACAUCUGCUCCAUCUGCUUCAGGGCUCACCCCAGGUCCACAUGUCCCAAGAAGGCUUACAAGCGCCUAUGACUAGCCGACUGCGACAUCGACCUCCUGGCUCUCCUGUUACGGGACCAUCCGGUGCCAGGGUUCGUGGACUUCCUGGUCUCUGGCCUCUGCUCUGGGUUUGACACAGGGUU